GAAAACCGAACGUGGAGCUCGUGCAACUUACGGCGACGAUGCUGUUGGUUAUGUGCAGUUGAGACGACACGAUGAGAUUUGUACUGUCAAAGCUUUGAUUGCACCAGAACAUAAAGUUCGCCUAAAAGGCUAUGAAGUUUCAGUAAGAAUAAAUGAGUCUGAACAAUGCAUAAUUGACUCAAAGUGUUAUGACUGUGCUGCAAGUGAAGGUGGUUGUAAACAUGGUGUAGCCUUACUGUUCUGGUUAUACAGACGUACCUUGGAGCCUUCAGUGACUUCUGUUGAAUGUUAUUGGAGGAAGUCUACUCUGUCUAAAGUUGGCAGUACUAUAAAAGGGCAAAGAAUGAGAGAGUUGUUUAAUUUUCGGCAAGUUCCUUCUUUACCAACAAAAGGAACGGCAUUUUUGGACAAAGUAAUUUCUACCGCAUUAAAAUCAGAUAGUCAUUCAAUUCUUGCUACGAUGUAUAAGAGUGAAGUGAAUAUUUUGGAGAAAGCUUCGUUGUACCAUUUAUGUCUUUCUUAUAAAAAAACGACUGAUGCACCAAAUGCAGAAGACUUCAUAUCGUUUUGCCAAAAUAAUUUAAAUAGUGAAAUUUGCAAAAGUAUAAAUACUUUAACAAUAUUGCAGUCACAAUCUAAAGCCUGGUUUGAUGUUAGAUAUGCGAGAAUAACAGCUUCAAAACUGCAUGAAGUUGCUCACUGCAAAACUGUUGAUGGAGCUACAACUGCUGCAGUUCUGGCAGCAUCAAAAUUUAGAGGAACAAAGGCCAUGAAAAGAGGCCUUAACCUUGAAGAAGAUGUCUUAAAAGUCAUAGCUGAGGAGAAAAAUAUUAAAUUAGAAAGAGUAGGAAUGACCAUAAAUCAUAUGUACCCAAUAUUUGGUGCAUCGGCAGAUGCAAUGUCUGAUAAAUAUUGCGUUGAAAUAAAAUGUCCAAUAAAGACAAAUACUGUAAAAAUAGUACAUUAUGGAACUAGUGGAUGA